AUGGCGGAAGUGCAUGAUUCACAGACUAAUCUCCCGACUCGAAACACCAGUUUUUUCAACAAAAUUCGUGUCAUGGUUGGGCAUGCAUGGGCAUUGCGUGAACAAGAAAGCCCCUUGUACAUGCUUUACUCACAUAUCUUGACAACUUUCUGCGAAAGUGCUGGUGAUCCAUUGGAUGUCGACCGUGCACUAGGCUGCGAGCCUCAAUCAUCCUUCUCUGCACCGACUGGUACAAAUUUUGACCGUCGCAUUCCGGAUUUCACCGUCAUGGUUGCCUUCCUCCAUGAUGCGACUGUCAUCAAUCGUUUCAGUCCAUCGUACAGAUCCCCUGUACUCGGGUUCUGGGUUGAAGUGAAACCCCUUCACUGCGAUGAAAUUUGGACAUCUGAUGAGGCAUAUUAUGAAGCACAAUUAGGUGUAUGGUCGCACCUGGAACAAUUGAAUGAGCAGGGUCUAUUUGCAUUCAAUCACUUUGCUGGUGACAAGUUCUAUGGAAUGCUUGUCUUGGGCAUAUACUUCUCCGUUUUCGAGUACCUGAGGCCCACUCAAUCCCUUCCUCCUUCUCAUUCACCUUCUCAAUCGGAAUUGCGCCCACCUCCUACCAAUAGCAAUCAGGCACGGAAAAGGCCGAAGCGGAAACGAGAUGACGAUGUGACUACAUAUUUGGCUCAGACAUAUGGUGAACAGGGGAUGGAUCACGCUUUUGUGAAAGUCUCCAGAGAUCACCCGAGGACGCUCUACUACUGCGAGCCUAUCCUGACUCAGGGUGGAGCAGUCUUCAAUCCCCUUUUCCGGAAGGCUCUAAGGGACAUUAUGACCUCGAGGGACAUAGAUAUACCUUUUCAGCCGUCAUUCUUCACAAUGCCGACAGGUGAUUAUCAUGCCUCCGAAGCAUCUCUGGAACAUGCUCGCCAGGAUCGAGAUGACUUUAUUCGCCGUCAGACGCGGGAGGAGGAAGAGCUUAAGAGUGCAGUUAACUCGGACCCUUCUAUCCAUGAAGAGGACACCUCAGGGAAUUACUAUAGCAGUGUCCGCCCCAGUAACACCGGUGCAACUCGAAGGACGCGUAGCCAAUCACGGGACGAUGCGCUCUCUGAGGCAGACUUGGAGGUCCCGUUCCUCGAGGAUACAGACGAUGCCGAUGAUAAUGCCCACAGCAACAUCGAGGAUGACAUGCAUCUCGGCUUUGACUUGAACCUUGACCAAGACAUUGAUGACAACGGUGACGAUGACGACGAUGACGACGAUGACGACGACGACGACGACGACGAGGCAGGGAACGUGUGGUAUUCGCGCGGGAGAUCCGGGCGCUAG